UGCAUGUAGGGAUCUAUCUAUGAAUCUACCAAUUCAAAUCUUUAGACUUAUAGAGUAUAUUCUAUAUUCUAUAGUACCCCUUUAGUCCUUAAUAGUACCAUGAUGAAACAAGUCACUACAUUCUCAUGCACUUCAUUAGAAAGUUUUAGCAACAACGAUGAUAACAACAACAACAACAACAACAACAACAACAACAACAACUGUAUUAAGCCCCUCGAUCUUUUUCCUCACAAAGCCGAAAACUUCUCGAGUGUUAAGGAUUUCAAUGAGGAAGACGAAGAAGAAGAAGAUGAUGAUGAUAAUUGUGUUAAUGGUGGUGUUACAGUUGCCUUGCACAUUGGGUUACCUAAUCAUGAUAAUUUGGUUACAAAGGGUAAUGAAAAUGUUGGUGAUAAUCAUAAUAAUUAUUGGAUUCCAAGUGCUGUUCAAAUUCUAGUAGGUUUCACUCAUUUUUCUUGCCAUCUUUGCAAUAAGACCUUCAAUCGUUACAAUAAUCUUCAGAUGCACAUGUGGGGUCACGGGUCACAAUACCGAAAAGGCCCAGACUCGUUAAAAGGAGCCCAACCAAGGGCCAUACUAAGUGUGCCAUGCUAUUGCUGCGAAGAAGGGUGCAAAAACAACAUCAACCAUCCAAAAUCAAAGCCUUUGAAGGACUUCCGCACACUCCAAACUCAUUACAAGCGCAAGCACGGCCACAAGCCUUUUAGCUGCCGCAAGUGCGGCAAGUCGUUGGCGGUCAAAGGCGACUGGCGCACCCACGAGAAAAAUUGCGGCAAGCGUUGGCUUUGCCUUUGUGGGUCCGACUUUAAACACAAGAGGUCUCUUAAGGAUCAUAUUCGCGCUUUUGGGUCUGGUCAUGCACCCUUCCCUCCUUCGUUUGAUUCCAUCCAGUUACUUUAGUUCGGUUGGCGGAUCCAGCAUGGAGGAAGUGGGGUCACUUAACCCUACUCAGCAAAAAAGAAAAGCACAAUUUAGUUAUUUUUCCAUAAAAAAAUUCACAAGAUACUUAAAUUUAGUUAAUUAUGCUUUAAUUUUUAAAUAACGAUCGCAAUCCAUAUGUUUUCUAGAUCCA